GACCUCAUUAAGAUCAUCUAUGUGGAUGGGAACACUCAGGCCCUGCUGGACACUGAGCUGCCCGGGGGAGACAAAGCUGAUGGGUCCCUGAUGGAUCCCCGCGUGGGCAUUCGUUCUGUGUGUAUCAGCCCCAAUGGACAGCAUCUCGCUUCAGGGGACCGUGUGGGCACUCUCAGGGUGCAUGAACUGCAGUCCCUAAAUGAGAUGCUGAAGGUGGAGGCCCAUGACUCGGAAAUCCUGUGCCUGGAGUACUCUAAGCCAAAUACAGGUCUGAAGCUCCUAGCGUCAGCAAGCCGGGACCGGCUGAUCCACGUGUUGGAUGCUGGACGGGAGUACAGCCUACAGCAGACACUGGACGAGCAUUCAUCCUCCAUCACGGCUGUGAAGUUUGCAGCCAGCGAUGGGCAAGUCCGCAUGAUCAGCUGUGGAGCAGACAAGAGCAUCUACUUCCGCACUGCGCAGAAGUCUGGAGAUGGAGUGCAGUUUACGCGGACACACCACGUGGUGCGGAAGACGACCCUCUACGACAUGGAUGUGGAGCCCAGCUGGAAGUACACAGCCAUCGGCUGCCAGGAUCGGAAUAUUCGGAUCUUUAACAUCAGCAGUGGGAAGCAGAAGAAACUGUUCAAAGGGUCGCAGGGUGAGGAUGGCACUCUGAUUAAGGUGCAGACGGACCCCUCAGGGAUCUACAUCGCUACCAGCUGCUCCGACAAGAACCUCUCCAUUUUUGACUUUUCCUCAGGCGAGUGCGUGGCUACCAUGUUUGGCCACUCAGAGAUUGUCACUGGCAUGAAGUUUAGUAAUGACUGCAAACAUCUCAUCUCUGUAUCAGGGGACAGCUGCAUAUUUGUGUGGCGCCUGAGCUCGGAGAUGACCAUCAGCAUGAGGCAGCGACUGGCUGAGCUGCGCCAGCGCCAGCGUGGGGGCAAGCAGCAAGGAUCGUCCUCUCCCCAGAGGGCCGCUGGACCCAAUCGGCCUGAGGCCCCCUCGAUGCUGUCUCCCGGACCAGCUCUCUCCUCAGACAGCGACAAGGAGGGAGAAGACGAGGGCACUGAAGAGGAGGAGCUUCCAGCCCUGCCCAUCCUUGCCACGGGCACCAAGAAAGAGCCAGCCUCGGUGCCCAGCCCAGCCCUGCCCCGAAGCCUGUCCCACUGGGAGAUGAGUCGGGCACAGGAGACGGAGGAGUUCCUGGACCCAGCUCCUGACACCAACCAAGGACCCAGAAGGAGGGGGCGCUGGGCUCAGCCAGGCGUGGAGCUGAGUGUUCGCUCUAUGCUGGACCUGAGGCAGCUGGAGACACUGGCCCCAGGACCUCGGGGCCCUCACCAGGACUCUCCGGCCAUGACCCCUUCAGGUCCUGGGAAGCACAGUCAGCAGGCUCCUGAGACCUCAAGUGUGGGCCAGAAUGAAAAGCUCCCCCGGCCUCAGGCUUCCCAACCCUGUUCCUGCCCCCGCAUCAUCCGAUUGUUGUCCCAAGAGGAAGGGCUUUUUGCCCAAGAUCUGGAGCCCGCACCUAUCGAAGAUGGUAUUGUCUACCCGGAGCCGGGUGAUAGCCCCACCCUGGAUACCAGUGAGUUCCAGGUGCAGGCACCGAGCCGAGGGACUCUGGGAAGAGUGUAUGCAGACGACAGGGGCUCAGAGAAGCACAGUCCUGACAGUGCGUGCUCUGUGGACUUCAGCAGCAGCCGCCUUUCCAGCCCUGAGCACCCCAAUGAAGACUCUGAGAGCACGGAGCCCCUGAGUGUGGACGGCAUUUCCUCAGACCUUGAAGAGCCAGCCGAGGGUGAUGAGGAAGAAGAGGAAGACGAGGGGGGCACUGGCCCCUAUGAGGUGCAGGAGGGCAGCCCCCAUACUCCAGACCAGGAGCAGUUUCUAAAACAGCACUUUGAGACUCUGGCCAACGGGGCUGCUCCAGGGGGCCCAGUCCGGGUGCCAGAGCGGACAGAGUCUCGGAGCAUCUCUUCACGAUUCCUGUUGCAAGUGCAGAGCCCCCUACUCAGGGAACCGUCCCCAUCUUCCUCAAGCCUGGCAGUGACGUCAAGACUGGCCCAGGGGCUGCAGGCUUCUGGUGAGCAGCCAAGAGGCAUUGGUGCCAAUCCUCCAGGAGCACCCCCAGAAGCGGAGCCUUCCCCCGGAAACCCUGGCCCCCAGCAGGCAGUCCCUGUGCUACUGCCGCGACGCCGUCUCAGCCCGGACAGUGGCUGGUCCCCCAAGAGAGUGGCUGCAGCCGACCCCACAGGUGGACUCCAGAAAGCCCAGUCGGUGCAGAGUCUGGUACCACAGGAUGAGGCCCUUCCACCAGGCCUGUUGCUCUCCCAGGAGAGGGAGGCCCAGGGCUGCCUGCGCUCCUUGCCCCAAGCUGAUCGCCGUUUGUCUCGGCCCCACUCGUACCAGAGCCCCACCACCAGUUCCAUGGCCAAGAUUGCCCGCAGCAUCUCUGUUGGGGAAAACUUGGGUCUGGCUGCUGAACAUCAAGCUCCUGCUCCCAUCCGCAUCUCACCACUCAACAAGCUGGCCCUGCCCAGCCGGGCUCACCUGGUCCUGGAUAUCCCGAAGCCACUGCCUGAUCGUCCCACCUUGGCCACCUUCUCACCUGCUACCAAGGGCCGGGCCCCUGGUGAGGCAGAACAGCCCAGCUGCCCAGCGGGGCUAGGAAAGGCUCACAGUACAGCUGAGAGGUGGGCCUGUUCAGGGGAGGGUGCCACUCCCAAGCCUAGGACAGAGUGCCAGGCUCAGCCUGGGCCCAACAGCCCCCGUGCCCAGCAACUACCAGUCAGCAGCCUCCUCCAAGGCCCUGCGAAUGUGCAACCCCUUGAGAAGACUCCUAGCCCUGUGGAAUGUGCCAGGCCAGGGGCAACCCUGAGCCGGGACUCAGAACCAGCAGUGAGCCUGGAGCAGUGUGAGCAGCUCGUGGCUGAGCUCCAGGGCAGUGUGCGCCAGGCCGUGCAGCUCUACCACUUGGUGGCCAGCUGCAAGACACCCUCGGUGGAACAAAGUCGCAUCACCCAGCUCCUCAGAAACACCUUCUCUUCAGUGCGGCAGGAGCUGGAGGCCCUGGCCGGGGCGGUGUUGGCCAGCCCGGGCGGGAGCCCUGGGGCUGUGGGGGCCGAGCAGACACAGGCCCUGCUGGAGCAAUACUCAGAGCUGCUGCUUCGAGCUGUGGAGCGGCGCAUGGAACGCAGACUCUGAGUUCCAGAAGCCUGUCCCCAGUGAAUGCUACCCCCCUUCCAAACUGCAUCUCUCCUCCACUCACCAAAACCUGCGAGGAUGCUUGGAGUGGAGAGCAGGGAUCCAUGCUCAGAGGGGCCAUGGCUUUCGCAGCUGUUCCUCACGGGACCCCUGUAUUUAUUAAUUUAUUUCCCUGACUGUUGCCUCACUCUCUUUGAACUCCUGCCUCCACAGCCAUCUGGUGGCUCACGCAGGGGCAGAUCUUGGUCUUUGUCAUCUUGGUGCUGUGAGGAGUCGGAGGGCAGCCUGCCCUCCCUUCUUAGAAGCCAUUUGAAAUUACUGCAGGGAUCAGCUCCCUGCGGUGGAGCACACACAGGGUAUCCAGGGCAGGUAGAGGUGAGAGGUGAUCUGGUGUCCUUGCCCUCUGGCCAACGGUGGAACUUCACCUCUACCUCCAUGCCCCCUCCCACACCAGCUUACUCCCCUGGUUGCCAGAGCGGGGGUUGUCUGUUUUUCCUACUUGUUGGCAGUUCAGAAAGGCAGAGCCCUCUGGCCCUCUGGAGCCCGCCCAGCCAUCAGGAGGCUUGAGUUGGUGUCAAGGCCUGAGCCCCCACAUUCCACUCCCAUUCCCCCCUCCAGGGGGGCCUAGCAUUGUCUCUUCCCGUGCCCCCUUUCUCUCCUGGCCGGAACUUGUAGAGCCAGCUGUGGGACAUUGCUGCAGGACGGUAAAGCCCUCUGCUGGGCAAACAUUAAGCCCUGGCCUCCUAUCCUCAGUCCUUUGGCCUUCCCUGUUCUUCAGCCCUGGUCCCCAACAGGCUGCUGAACCUGAGGCCACCUUCUCCAUGCAUCCUGAGCGAUGCUCAGUCAGAAGCCUGUGUUGGAACUUCCCUCGUAGUUUACAGGGCGCCGGCCCACCUUCUAAGGACCUUGGCCACAGAAGAAACCUAUACAAAUGCACACACACAUGCACAUACACACAUUGAGUGUUCACUGCUGGACCACUUGGCUGGCUGAUGUGUGCCUGCUUUCCUUUCACAUCCUGCCCUGGCUUCAUCACCCUGGCUCCUAUCAAUAAUAUGAAAAGGGAUGGAAUGCACUAAGCCUGGAUUCUGGAUUCCUGGCUUUCACAGCCUAGCUGAUGUGUAAUGGCCCAGAGUAUCCGUUUUGGGUAGAAGGAGCCUCCUCAAGGGCGGUGCUGGGCACCAAGUGUGCUGGAUGCUGGAGGUUGAAGAGAGGGAGGCCCAUGGGGCUGCAGCAGGGGCCAAGAGACACACUGGAAAGGUGGUAGGUGGGCCAGGUAAGUGGUAGAGGUGAGGGGAUAGAGUUAGGAGGGUAGUGUUAGGGGUGAGGGCAGGGAGCCAGGGCACCGUGGGCAAGUAGAGUAGGACCAAGUACAGAAGCAGCUGUGGAAGAGUUGGGGUGAAGAACGUGUCUCUAGGCCCUGCUGCUUCCGCUGCCUCAGGUAAGUCAGGGCAGCUCUGCUACAGCUCCAGGCUGGAAAGUGUGUCCCUAUGGGCUCUGCUGGCUCUGUGGGUGGAGGCUUGAAGUUGGAUUCUCAAGGGUGCCCAGCUCUGCUUGCAUUAGUCACCUGAACAGGUGAACCCUAUUUCACCCUCACUCUUUUCUACUACCACCACCUCCAUGGCCAAGCUGCCAAGAAAUCCUGGCCCAGGAACUCUCAGAGCUGAGUGUGGACCCCAAGAGGCCGCAGCUGCCCUUGUCAUAGUUAGAAAUCCGCUCCCCAUGUACCCCUAACCAGCACACCAGCCGCAGUCCACUGUAAGUGGCGCUCGGGCCUGGCCCUCGGGGCUGGGUUCCUGGCCACCCUCAGCCAGUCUAUCCCUCACGAGGAUGAAGCGACACUCCUGCCGAGGUUUGUGGGAAGGUGGCCACCCUUUUGAUUACCCACCCCCGCCCAGCGUGGGGGGAUGUGGUCGGCGCCCGUCCCCUUCUGCAUGUCUGAGGCCACCGGCAACUGCCGCCCCCGUUCAGAUCUGCCCUGACCCAGUUUUGAAAGCCCCUUAUUUAUAACUUUUAUACUUUGCCCAGGCCAUGGCGCUUCCCCAACAUCCCCAGGUCUCACAGGGCAGAGGCUGUUUUUAAUAUGUCCGUUUGUAUUGAUGUAUGAACUCAAUAAACACAAUCAUUUGCUAA